GGGAGAGCGCGCAGAGCCCGGCCCAGCCGAGCUCAGCAUGGUGCGGAGCUGAGCCGAGCCGAGCCGCGGCCGCCCCGAGGCCGGCCCUACCGCGGAGCCAGGUGCGAAGUUCAUCUUUUCUCCCUGAAAUUAAAUUACAUCUGAAGAGAUCAAGAUGAUUCCAAAUUACUCUACUGAAGAAACCAUUAAAAGAAUCCACGUCGACUGUCCCGUUUCAGGAAGGCACAGUUACAUCUACAUUAUGGUUCCAACUGUUUACAGCAUCAUCUUCAUCAUAGGCAUUUUUGGGAACAGCCUGGUCGUUAUUGUCAUUUACUGCUACAUGAAAUUAAAAACAGUAGCCAGCAUCUUCCUUCUAAACCUGGCACUGGCUGACUUGUGUUUCUUAAUAACUCUGCCACUCUGGGCAGCCUACACAGCCAUGGAGUACCAGUGGCCUUUUGGCAACUGUUUAUGUAAGUUAGCAUCAGCAGGGAUAAGUUUCAACCUGUAUGCCAGCGUGUUCCUCCUCACUUGCCUCAGUAUUGACCGGUACCUGGCCAUAGUACAUCCAGUGAAGUCCCGUAUUCGACGUACCAUGUUUGUUGCCAGAAUAACCUGCAUUGCCAUCUGGCUUCUUGCCGGUGUGGCCAGUUUGCCCGUUAUCAUUCACCGUAAUAUAUUCUUUGCUGAGAACUUGAACAUGACAGUCUGCGGUUUUCGGUAUGACAACAAUAACACAACGCUCCGCGUCGGGUUGGGUUUAUCCAAAAAUUUGCUGGGCUUUUUAAUUCCUUUUCUGAUCAUAUUGACAAGCUACACUUUAAUUUGGAAGACCCUAAAGAAGGCUUAUCAAAUUCAAAAAAGUAAGACUAGAAAUGAUGAUAUUUUUAAGAUGAUUGUGGCAAUAGUAUUUUUCUUCUUCUUUUCCUGGAUUCCUCAUCAAGUGUUCACUUUUCUUGACGUACUAAUUCAAUUACAUGUAAUAACAGAUUGCAAAAUCACUGAUAUUGUGGAUACGGCUAUGCCCUUCACCAUUUGCAUUGCUUACUUUAACAACUGUUUGAAUCCUUUUUUUUAUGUUUUUUUUGGAAAAAACUUUAAAAAAUACUUCCUUCAGCUAGUAAAAUACAUUCCACCAAACGUCAGCACACAUCCAAGCCUAACAACAAAGAUGAGCUCGCUCUCAUAUCGGCCGUCAGAAAAUAUACACUUGCACACUAAAAAGACUGCUGGGUCUUUUGACACUGAGUGAUGUGUUUUGCAACGUACUUCUUUUGAACAACCUUGUGAAUGAAGCAGCAAGAAUGGCAAAAUUUGUCUGCAGUCCUGACCAUCACAGCUUACUGCUCAUUACAGAAAUGUUAGAUGACCUCGGAGAAAUCAUACUGUAUAAAUUUAGCAGUGGACUUUUAUUUUGCAUUGUGAAGAGGACUGCUUGGUUUUCAUUUUGUUUUUCUUUACUGAAAACAACAUAAAUUGUGGACAGGCAUGUCAGACUUUCUGUCAGCAUCCUGCCGUUUACUCAGAACUACAAAAGAAGCGUAGAGAAAACCCCUAACUUAAGUUCAGAGGUGUUUUUAAAGGAAAAGCUUGUAUAAAUUACAUAAAGGACCUGUUUUGCACAUACAUGAGCUGUUCCAAAUUUUGUUCAAGGAGCUGAUGGAGCUAUGCUGCUUGGUUUUUUUGUUUGUGGUUUUUUUUUUUUUUUAAGAUGUAAAUAUCAUCAUAUUUAUAAUAUAUUUUCAAAUAUAUGCAAUAUAGAGAGGCCCAAUUUUAAACUCGAAUGGAAAUUUAAGGUCCCUGAAAUUGGUCUCAUUCUGAUUUAUGCUAAUAUUUUUCAUUUUUAAGUGGCAAUCUUUUCAUAAUAAUAUAUGCAAUAAAAUGCAGAUUUAUUUAUUAAAUAUAGAAUAAAUAUAUUUUUAGAUUUAUAUUCCUCUUCAUAAAUUUCAAACAUUGCUUCAUAAAUGUACAUUUAUAUCCCAGUGGGUAUUUUUAUAGUAGUUUUAAAAAAUUAUGUAUACACACACAAAAAUGGGAGUCACUCAACUUUUCCACAUAAUGUGCCACACUGACUUUGAAGUAUAUUACUUAUGGAGGGGGUUGACUCCAUACUCUGAGACUAAAAGUCAAAUUCUGUAUUUGAAAACAUGAGUCCUUGGACAGAGGUGAUCAAAAAAACUUCAAACUGUUUUUGUAUAAUAACCACUCAAUGAGAGAAGUUACCACCUAAUCAAAUUACUCUAUUUUUCAAAUUCUUGGACAUUUAAUAAAUUCACAUUCUGAUAAGCAAAAAUGUGACAAUUCUUACAUUACAGUUUAACUAAUAAUGCUUUUAGUAACAUCACAAAACGUACAAGACCAAACUUUACUCUUUGCUUUUAUGGAAUUUCUCUCCAUUUAUGCAUAACUAAGUCUAGAAUAUUUGUUCCCUGUAGAAACUUUUUUGUGUGUAUGUAACAAAUUCAAAUUUAUACUAGCAUAAAUCAGAACAAAAGUCUGGCUCAAACUGUCCAUACAAAUGAGGGGGGGGAAGGUGAUAAGCACUGAAUGAAGUUUCAACUAAUGAUAUCCUCAAUAUGUUCUUUUAACCUGAAGUAGUGUACUCCAGAAAAUACUUAUUCUUGAUUCACACUCAUUUACUGUCUGCAAAGAUAAAGGAGUUCAUAAAUACUUUUUGACAUAAUGAAACUUAAGAAAGAUUCCAAAACUUUACAUAUAUCAUGUAGAUAAUUACAUGACCCUUGAGAAUUUGCAAUAUUCGUAAUUUUCAAAAUUAUACAUCUAAUAUAGCUUUGUCUCAGGUAGAAAGUGGUUGGAUUAACUGUAUUUUCUGAUUAUCAGUCUCUUGUAUGUACACAAGUAUUUUAAGUUAUUUUUUUACUUCAGGAAAUUACUUCACAACAAGAAAAGUUAUUUCUGUAGUUUAAUAAUUUUUAAGAAAAAACAGGAUUACAACUAGGUCUGGGAGUCUUGUGCCUCUUCCUGCUCUUUUUCAUUUACUUAUUUUAAAGCAAGUUUCUUCAGUUUUGCCUUUGUUCUUCCAUCUGCAAAAUGGGAACAAUCUCCCCUUACACAUGUCACAAGGCACCGUGAGGAUUCACUAAAACUUAUAAUGCUGUAUGUUAAAAAAAUGCUCUUACAUUAAAGCUUUAAGUUAAUUUAAUUGAAAGCUAGUAUCUCAAAAUUUGAAACCUGAAUGUAUCGUUUAAAGACAUAGUUAAAUUAUAUAGAAUGCUUUAUAUUUGGCUUAUAUCUAUCCUUACAUGCGAGACAGCCGUUCGUUAAAAAUGAGUAUGUCAAUCCCAUGCAUUAUAAAUAGGUCCAGAACAGUACCACUGCCUCGGCACUCAGUAAGCUGACGAAGGACUGACAGAGCUUGCCAUUUAGCUGUACGAUUUUUUGUUUGUGUACACAUGUGCACAUGCUGAGCUGCAUCUGGAGCUUCCCCUGGCAGAAGCAGCUCUGUCUCAGACAUAAUUCAGUGUGCUGUGCUUGCCACCUGCUGGAUGCAGCCACAAACUUGUUUUUCAUUUCAAAAGUUGUUAGAGACAGCAAUAUUUCCCUGCUUCCUGACCUGUGGCAAAACUCCUGCAGAAAUGAAAUGCAAAUUUGUCCGUCUGGGAGGCAGUUAACUUCCCUGACGGGGGCUAAGCAAGCAUUUCCUCAUAACCUGCUGAUCCCUUUGGUCACUGAAAUCCAGUGUCCCCAGUGACCACAAUAGGUAGCUCUUUUGCAAAACAUCAAUUGCAUUACUAUGAGAGCCAUCCAAAAGAGAAUAAAUAUCUAUAUAAUGUAUAAAAAUAAAAAUAAAAGCAUAUUUACACAAGUGAUAACAAAGUAAUUAGCUGAAAGAAAUCAUUUAUCACCAAGCAGAAUUAGUAGUGACUGUGAAUGAUAAAAAUUACAGUAUUACACCAGAAGAUGGAAGAGAAACCAUUGGUCAUUGAUUUGACCAUUUCAUGCCAGAUCCUGUGUUUUUAAGAGGCUGUGUACCCUAGGCUGCUGGUGCCACCUGUGCCUACCUUCGUCACGGGGAAAAGCAUGAGCACACCCAUUCAGCUGCAUUGCUGAAGGUAGAAAGGGGUUGCAGCUGGCGUGCUUUGAAGGCAAGCCUGACCUCGAAUUGACAGGCAAAGAAAGUGGAGGGCAAAGUCGCUGUUAAAUAAUGCUGGGAAAUUUUUGUUCUCCUAAGGGGUAGGAAAAUGACCAUCGGUUGCCAAAUAUAAUGGAUUGUUUCCUUAAAUUAAAAAAAAAAAACAAACAAACAAACAAACAAACAAAAAAAAACCAGGGAAAACCAAAAAAAUCGAUAGUUACUGAAAAGUAUAGAGUUAAAAUUCCCCAGCAACUCUCACCAGGCAGCAGCAGAGUUCUUCUGGAGCACAGGGGGAUUAUCUGUACAGCCACAUCCUGCAGUUUCAGGCAUCCCCACAAAGCCUCCAACUGACAGCAAACCAAAGAAUUCCUGUUUCCUUCAGCACACCCACACCACUUCCACCACGCACCUCGCUGCAACCCAUGCAGGUGCUGCAAAACAGGUUGUUGCUGAGCUUUAUGCUCCCCUGCCCACCUACUUGCUGAAAAUACUGUGCUGCAGCUGUGUGCGUGGGGCACGCCGGGCAGCAGUGUGACAGCGCAGGGUGGGCAGCCCCGGCUGGAGGGGCCCUACUGAGGGGCAGGGAAGAGAUGGCCAGACAAUCCUUUCGUACAAGAACCUACUCCUUGCCAACAGAAGAGGAGGAAGUAAGAUCUGGCUCUGUAUGACUUCGCCAUUUUGGGGUUGAGCCCUCUUAAUAUCAAAAUAAGAACUAGUUAUAUAUGUUUAAGAACAAAUUCUCACUAUCUUAAAGAGCACAAAGACAAUUAAGAUCAGUAGUAUGCUGUUAUGUUAUUUUUAAAAGGUGUAUCCAAAGUGCUUUUCAUUCUCAGGGUAACCAAAGUAAAAUACUUGACAAACUCUGUCCCUGUGUUCUCCUGGUGUGAGGAGGGACAGCAUAUAGCCCUAAAUACAGGCAUCACAACUCCUGUGACAAUUAUAUUCUGUUGACUUGUUUGAAUUAAUACUUCCUUUCUGCUGGCAGAAUAAUUACUAAAUCACAUUAUGUUUGACAUGUACAUGCAUAAUAUUUAUUUCUAUUUAUUGUGAGAUAGUAAUUCAUGUGGCUCAUGUUUCAUGCUCUACUCUCUACUUGCUUGCCCAUUAUAUGCCUGUCCUAAAGCAUACUAUAUAAUCUGCACCAGUCAGCCCAAAUUCCAACAAAAGCUUUACAGAUACAGUGAGAAUUAAUCUGGCUUCUCAGUUGAACAAUGUCCUCAUGUUUACAGUGUUAAUCAAGAGGUUGCAGAGUAAGUACGAGGCCAGAAGACAUCCCUUACCAGAAUUACUAAGGUGAUGAUUUUCAUCACCUACUGCAAACUAUGACAGCAGCAGAGAAUAUAGCAGGAUUCCCAAGUCUGGUUCAGUUUUGCUUGCAUAGCUUCAGCCAUGAUUUAUCUUACUGACUUCCUUCUAAGUAUACUGAAGUGCAACUAUUUCCAGGGAGAAAUUUGCCAUGAAAAUGAGAAACAAAUACUUCAGAUUUGUAGAUUUGAGGGGGCAGAAGAAGACCUGGAGCAGGGACUUGCUGAUUUUGGAAAUAUUUAGUGUUAGAUGUAAAUACUUUUUUUUUUUUUUAAUCUUUUGCAAAAAUAAAGAAGAAUUUAAGAAUAAAUCUUUCAGUAGAAUAGUAAAAUCUCCCAGAAAGUUUUGAGAGGCUCUUUUAAGUUUCUAAAAUAACAUCCAGCUCAGUUUGGAACAUAUCAAACCAUUCUUACCCCACUCACAAGGUCAGGGUCUCCAGCUCUGCUAUUCUGCACCAUGUUACAGGCUUGCCCAGAACACCAUCCUACCAGCUCGUAUGCAAAGUGAUGAGGCUGUUUUAUCAGUCAAGUCCACUUCAACAUCGACCUCCCUACCAAGGCUGAACUAACAAAUCCUCAAUGUUAAUGGCAGAGCUGUCAAGCUCACUGUCACUGGCGAGUUCUGCAAAUGUGGCUAGACACACAAGAAAUAGGUACAGAUCAUGUUUGAUAAGAGCACUGUGUGAUCUUUUUACUGGACUAGUGCCAUGGCAGGCAGCUUUAAGUGUUUGGUAUAUUAAGCAACAAGAACUAGAUAUUUUGUUUUAAAUACUUUUGUGCAGUCAUACUCUGUGAAGUGGUGGAUGUCAAUGUUUUCUAUUUCAAUAGAGAUAGUUUUAUACUGUAGAAGUUUACUACUAUUACAUAAGAACUUUUAUUGUCUGAAGUAUUAUUAAAAACAUACAUGUUGUCAAUAGAUGUCUUUGUGAAAGUCAUCUCCACUGCUGUCCACCAAAAACAAAAAGAUAUGUUCUGUAUUAUUGUAAGUACUACACUAUUAUAUCUAUAGCUAUGUAUCUUAGUCAAUACCAUCUUUACCAAAAUAUUUCUAUUUAAUGCUGUAAUAUUUUAUACCAUCAAUCCUCAUUCCUUUUAAUUCAAAAUCUAAUCCAGCUCCCCCUAAACUCUUGAGAUGAACAGGCUGUGUCUGCAAUUUAUAGUGGAAAGGAUAGCUGGCUAGCUCCAAAAUCACAUGUAGAGCAGCAGUUCAGUAGUUCACUUGCAUUUUCCAGAACUGGCUAAGCUAAUAGUUUCCUUGGAGUGGAUACUUACCAAAUUACUAAUUUUCCUAUAUACAGGUUAUAUUUUGAAGCAGAAUUUAGGCUUAACUUUUUCAAAACUAAAUUAAAUUAUAGGGACAGAUUUGCCCAGAAUAUUGUGUCAAAUAAAGGAUUAUAUUAUGAAUCAUGGCCCUGAAAAGCCAGACUCAGGCUGCCUGUAGCUGUGUAUUCAGUGUAAAUAUAUCCACUUAUUUAGAAUAAACUUUGGUGUUUCUAAACAGUGCCACAUUGUAAGGUGGCUUGAGUGGAAACAGGAUCAGGUUCCAGCAUAAUAAGAGAGGAUAGGUGCUUUUUUUUUUCCCCAAAAGAAUGGUAGAAUGGAUGACACAUUUUCAUUUUGAAUUUGUAUGAAAAUAAAAUUGAAUUUAACCAUUCAUAUCCCUAGUAAACUCCACUUCAUAAUCUGUUAUAUAGUGUCACACUAGAAAAAAUAGGAAAAAACAGUUAAAGGCUAGGCCUAUUAAAUUCUUAUUGCUUAUCUACUGAAUAACUUACUUAUUUUCUAUGUAUUUUAAUUAUUCCUCAGCUUUAUAUGUUGGCAGUGCUGUGAGGCUACAAUUGAGCACAGGCCCUGGUGCAGGAGGUGGCAUACACACAGGGACACGUGUGAUCCCUUGGAGCUUUACAGCCUAAUCAGAAAGUGAAAAAUUGUCAGAAUGGGGCGGAAAGCAAAGACUGUUGCUGAACAAAUACAAAACCAUGAAGAUAUUUCACCCUGCCAUUAAAUGCUUUAAACCAACGUGAGCAAAAAAGCGUCUCUCUCAUUGAAAAUAAGAAAGCAAAAAAGUAGAAAAGGAAAUACUGAAAGAUUUUACGAGUGAGGAACAACCCCACACAUACACAGACUUUCAUGUAUCUCCAACUAAUACUCUCAAGCAAAUGUAAACUCAGCCAUUUUUAUGAAGUUAAAUGAAUAAUCAGAAAUGUUUUAGUCAAUGGAUGUAUAUAAGAUAUUAGCAGCUGAUUUGUCACUAUUGACUUUUCUUUCAGAAAAGAAGUUAAAUUAUGCAUUAGAAACCCAUCAGAUAAUUAUAUACCCAGGAAAGGAAGACUGCACUGCAUAUAGACCUACGUGAGGUUUGCCUACCUAGCCUGAACUCCUCCUCAUGCUUUGUUUAUCACAGGAUAUAUAAAUACACACACAAAAAAAAAACAAAUCAGAAACCAAACCAAACAUAAUUUCACAAAAAUAUAUAUUGUAGUAGUGCUGUGUAUAUUUAAUUUUGCUGAGCAGCUAUGAAAUCGUAAAGAAUCUAAAAUAAGUUUUCACAAGUUUUAAUUCAUUUAAAUAGCUCUUUUAAGCUUUUAAGAAUUCAGUUUUGCACUGCACUAAAAUCUCUAAGCAUGAUAAAAAUUUGCAGACCCAAAGCCCUCUUUCUGUAUAAGAGCUCCUAUAAAGUGAGGGAAAGUGUAUGAUUUGCAGGAUACCUUUCAAAGACAGGUCAUAAAUAAGUGUACAUGAGAUGGCAUUAUACCUAUUAGAGAAUUGAUAAUGUUCAGCCUGGGUUUUGAGAUAUGAUUACUCUAGCUAGAGAUGUAAAGAAACAUGCAGAAAGGCAUACUUUAUAUACUAGACUGUACUAUACAGUGCAGUGUACACAUGUUAAAUCCAGCAAAAUUAUAUUUCUGGUAUUCUUGAAUUUCCUUAUCUAUGAUAGCUCUCUAUACUGUCAUCUAUAAUUUUUAUAUAAGAAUAGACAGUAGGUAUGCACUGCUCUCAGAAAAAUUUAUCAUAUUUUAGACAGGUUUCUGUCUAACAUAACUGUGCAAAAAAAGUAAGCAUUUUUCACAGAAACAUCUGUAUCAGACUGAUUGUAUUUUGAAAUACUGAAAAUAUUAAACAAUCCACAAUAAAUAAGUGUUGGUUUAACUUAGUCUUUGCAACAUAUGGUUAGGUGGUUCCUUCCAAGUUUUGUUUCUCACCAAACCUACAAGUGACUGUGUUUUUAGCUUUAACUCCCAACACAGGUAGCAGAACAAAGUAGUGAGUCUGACAAGAACACUGGAUUCUAAAUGAAAACGCACAUUUUCUGUACAGCUCAUGCCCUCGAAAUUCUGAAGUUGCACAUAAUUUUGUUUUGAUCAAAGUUUAUGACUGUUAAUUAAAGAAAACUUCAAAUGUUUAUUGGAAAAAUACACUGUACUUAUAGCUCAAGUCUAGAUAAUAUUCUACCAAGGGAUAUGCUCCUAUAAUUCUUUUUCCUAUGGUCUCUUUAAGCAUCUAACUUCAGUUUUCUUGUGAGACUCAAAUCAUAUCAAGUAUGUUUCAAGAGUUUGACAGAUCAGUGCCAAAACAUCAACAUUCAUUACUCUGACUCACAAGUAUGCAUUGGAUUUAAGUGUGGAACUGAAUCACGAUACAGUCAAUGUACUAGAAAAGUAUAUAGUACAUUUAAAAAACAAAACAAAACAAAAAAAAAAACCUAAAAGCAUAUUCCAAUUUUGACCUCUUGCCUCUAGCCCAAAAGAUGACUGCAGACUUUAAAUGCAAGAUAAAAUUUUUCUUACGCUUCACUGCUUAUCUUGGAGCUGUUUGUUUAAAGGCUAAAUUUUCUGCCAAGUUAAUUCAAAUAUUUUUACAAGGUUAUUCUGUGAUAGAUUGUGCAUUUAUUUCUCCUGCGAUAUAAUUUGAUUGAUGUUUAUGUCACAGGAGAAGCUGAUCAACACUGCAAAGCUCCAUAAAUUCCAGCUCCAAGCAGAUCAUCACCCCCGACAUUCCAACUUGCACAGAAUAUUAGUGUCCUCAGCACACAUUAAUGGAAUCCAGUUUCACUUAUUGCAAAUAAAGUUUACUUCUCUGGCCCAAUACAGCCAUGGAGUCAAUGACAUCCUGGAAAAAAAUACUGUGGAUAGGCACAUCCCUAAAUUUCACCUACAAUGAAAUACCUGCAAUGCCUGCAUUAUUGCAUUUGCUGAUAAUAUAUAAUAGUGACUGUCAUCUAGCACAUACUAUAUAUAUGUGCCACUGCUGCAUUCCAGCGUGCUGCAAAUAUGCACUAAAAUGUAUUAUGGCUUGUUUUAAUUUGGCAAAGCCUUGUAUUUAAUUAGCCAUGUCUACAUUUAAUUUUUGUUUUUUCUACUAUAUGUUUUUCUCCUAACCCACAGAGAGUAUUUCAUGCAUAGUUGUUAAGUUCACCAUAACAGUGGAGAAAAACACAUGGGACAGUACUAAGGAUACGCUCCAUAACUGUGUUAAUCCCACAUUGUUUUUAAAUGUGUGUUUUCACAGAAAACAAAGGAUUCUAAGACUUUCUCUAUAUGCUUUAAAUUUGGGAAAUGCUUUAAUUCCCAAAAGCACAGUGCAAUUCUCUCAGGAGGUCUCUAAGAAAUUUGAAAACAAACAAACACUCUUAUGCACAAGUUUUGAAUCAUGAUUUGAACAUUAUUUUAGAAUUUAAACUAGAUUUUUGGUUUACUGUUCAUUCUGCUGACUAUGCAUUUUACAGGAUUUUCAGUAUUUCUUCUUCAGAGAGCCCCUAAAUAACAGGAGAUUUUUUUUUUUUUUUAACAAAGGGAAAAAAAUUUAAAAAUACACAGUACAAGAUAUAUUUGUAGACAGGUCAAUGAGGAUGUGGUUCCUAGAUCUGCAUUACACUUACUUUCAUUACAUUGAAAAUGGGUAGAUUUCAAACUAAGAGCCUAUCUAAAAAGCAGAAGUCUCAAGGCUCAACAUUACUUCAGGCAGUUUGAAAGGUGUAAAUCUUCAGGCACUGCAGGAAUCAAAGUUGCAAACAUGCAUUUAAUUACACUUUACACCCUUUGAUAUUCUACAUUUUGACUUUCAAAUUUCACUUUGUAAUAGUAAGCAUUGCCAUUAAUUAGAGAAGUCAAGUCAAAGCAGUUCUGCAAACGAUGGCCAUAAGCCUGUCACAAUUGUUCCUGUGAGCAAACACUGCAGUCUAAACACCACUCUUAAGAUAUCUGUAGUGCUGUACUGAAAUCUGUUUUAUUUCCAUCUAAAGUGGUAUUGCUGUAUGGACAAGAUUAUAAUUACUAUACUGUUAAAUGAGACUUUGCAUUUUUAAGAUUAUGGAAAAAAAGAGAAAAAUACUCAAUCACCUGUAAUGCAUAAUACUGAAGAGCUUUAAGAAUAUGGGGAGUGGUACUGUGGCGUGCAAAAUAAAUUUAUCACACAAGUACAAA